AUGGGCCGGAAGCCUCAGGUCCAAGUCCAUUCGAACUCUAACAUCCCCUCUUUUUCUUUCCCUCCAAACGAUGAGAGUUGCAAAACCGAAAAUGAAAUGGAGCCAUGGGAAACAUUGGAUGUAGACGAUUCUGACCUUCCCGCUCUCCUACGCCCCUGUAAACGCCAAUUCCGCCACCACCCGCCGCCGUCUACUUCCAUCGCAAACCCUUUUCCUCGGUCGCCGGUUUCACUUUCCUCACAGCGAGAGGACCUUCAUACCUCUUGUCAACAACCACCGCCUUCUACUUCUAAGCACAGUUCACAGAUCCCGGGUCCUGCAGGAGUCGUGCAGACCGCCAUGCUUCGCAAAUCUAUGGACCAAAGUAAUCGGAAUUUUGUGUCAUCGCAAGAUAAUCAAAUGGAUGGUGAUAAUGAUAGUAAUAACGUUAUUCCUACACAGGAGUAUAUACGGAGGGCUAUGGAAGAUAAUUCGGAAUUCGAUGAAGAUUUCACCAGAAACCCUUGGUUUUGCGCCCUCGAUUAUCUGGGCACUGUAAAUGGUGUAAUUCCAUGUACAUCAGUAAGCUCUAUAAAGAAAUGCCUGAAUGUUGGCAAGGUUGAUAAGGUUGUGGCUGUCAUCAAGUCAUGCACGCCUAAUGGUCUUGGGGGUCUGAUAGUGACCUUGAAGGAUCCUACAGGUACAAUUGGUGCCAGUAUUCAUCACAAGGUCCUCACUGAGAGUGAGUAUGGAAAGGACUUGACAAUUGGUGCAGCUUUAAUACUUCAAAAGGUUUCGCUUUUUAAGCCUUUGAGGUCUGCACAUUAUCUGAAUAUUACACUGAGGAAUUUGAUAAAGGUAUUCAGCAAGGAAAAUGGUCCCCCAUCUGAACAGAAGUAUUCUGCAUAUUCUCUCCAAUUUGCAGAUCCUGGUAUUGACUAUUGCGGAAAAGCUAAUACAACGGAGAAGAUGUCCACUUUGGAAAAUGGAAGAGUGGAUAACUCCCCAGAUCAUCACCACGAGUUUUUGACUGUUAAUGACGAAAGGGCAAACAGGAGUAAUGUACAAGGCAGCCUCAUAAACAAUAGCACUGUUUCAAACUUAGAAAUCCAAAGCACCAAUGGAGUUGAGAUGCAAAGACAGCAACUUGUGGUGAAACAUUCUCUUCCACAAUGGACAGAUGAACAACUGGAUGAACUUUUUGCUACUGAUGAUGAUGAUGGCUUUUUAUUCUAA